GAAAGGUGCGUGGUAGCUUCUGGUCCAGCACUGCUUCGAGGUUUGUGUUGCUGGGUGACUUUGAUCGAACAUGUGUCAUUGAAAGAGGGCCUUCAGAUCCUCAAUGCUUUUGUGUCGUCGUUGUUGUUGUUGUUGUUGUUGUUUUUUCUCUCUUUUUGCCCCAUUAUUCACCGGGUGGAUCCCUUACGGAUGGGCUUGUUCGCGUGGUCUUUACGCUCGGGACGAAUAGUGUGAUUCCGGGAUCCAUCUGCACGGCUGUGUGUUGUUGGACGGUUGUAGUGUUAGGGUUGAUGAGGUGGAAGAGUUUGUGUUGUGAUCUGUUUGUUUGUUUGUUUGUUUGUUCGUGAAUUUGGUUGUUGUUGCGGGGAAGGGAAGGGUUUCAAGGAGGGGAAAGAAAACUGAUUGUGAGAAGCGAUGAAGAUCACUGCGUUGUUGGUGCUGAAAGCGCCUGCGGUACAGGGGGGAGAGUCCUUGAUGUUAGCCAAUGCCUCGGAUGUGUCGCAUUUUGGGUUCUUCCAGCGCCAGGCCGCGAAGGAAUUUAUUCUGUUUGCAUCGCGAACUAUAUCUGGAAGGACUCCUCUUGGACAGCGCCAGUCAAUUGAACAGGAUGAGUAUGUGGUGCACUGCUACAAUCGAAGUGGGCUUUGCGGGCUAGUCUUUGCUGAUAAAGAGUACCCCCUAAGGAGUGCUUUCUCUGUUAUCAACAAGGUCUUAGAUGAGUAUCAGAGGACUUUUGGUGAUUCAUGGAAGAUUAAGAACACGGACAGCACCGAUGCAUGGCCUUACUUACCAGAAGCUCUUGCAAAAUACCAGAAUCCUACUGAGGCUGACAAAUUGGCCAAGAUUCAAAAAGACUUGGACGAGACAAAAGUCAUACUGCAUAAAACAAUCGAAAGUGUGCUUAAACGUGGGGAGAAUCUUGAUAAUCUCGUUGACAAGAGUAACGAUUUAAGCUCCGCUUCUCAGAUGUUCUACAAGCAAGCCAAGAAGGCUAAUCAGUGCUGCACCAUUUUAUAAGCACAUUGGAACUUUGUCAAGAACACAUUGAGUCUCUCAGUUCCUCACUAGGCUCUACAUUUAGUUGCCCGCUCAGACCGGUAACUUGAAGUGUUGGUACUGAACCUAAACACAUGCAAGAAUUGACACUGCAUAUAUUUGGUGUGGAGCGAGAGGUCCAUUCCUGUGUUGUACAUGGGGAUGAAAGCUCGAGCGAAUGUGGUAAUGUUCUUGGUCACAUCUAUCCUUGCCACACUUUUUUCCUGUUGUGUAAGAGCUGCUACAGCUCAGUUGAAGUUAUUCUGCAGCCAUGAGACUAGUUUUUGAUUGGUGAUGUGCCGCUAAUUCUAUUGUCCCUAUUACCAACUGUCAGGCUUAAGACUUGACAAAUCAUCCGUACGUAGGUACUUGGAUUUGAUGUAAACUGGUUCACAUCUAGGGAGUGGUUUAUAUGCUCCAUGGUCUUGUAUAGUAAAAUGACAAUAAUUUCCAGCAUAUUUGUGUUCGUUUCUGAAGCAUUCCUCUUCGCUGCACGUUGUAAACAUGUAUUGACUCGCUUUAAAACGAGUUCAUUACUUGAAUUAUUCCUUGUUCAAUAAAGUAAAUGUUGGGACAUUGCUUUCGGUCAAAA